AGUGCAGUGAUGGGUAAACAUUAUAAUCACUUUUAUCCACCAAAUUACAAGGUCUUUUUUCUCUCCUCAGGUCGUUGCGCUCUCAAGGGCACGCGGUCAAUCCUACGUACGAAGCUGUGACGUCUACUGGCCCAAGUCUGUCCCUUGAUUCCGAGUAUAAUUCAUCCAGAAUACCGAGAAAUUAAUCCAGGAAACGGAAAAAUUCAUCCAGGAUACCGAGAUAUUAAUUCAAGAUACCGAGUGAUUGAUCCAGGAUACGGAAAAAUUUAUCCGGAAUAUCGAGAAACUGAUCCUUGAUUCCGAGUGAUUUAUCCAGGAUACCGACAAAUUAAUCCAAAAUAACAAGUAAUUGAUCCAGGAUACCGAGAAACGGAUUCAGGAUAUCAAGUUACUAAUUCAGAAGACCGACUUGUUAAUUCUAGAAAUCGAUCGAACGAUAAAUCAUCGAUAUCGAGUAGCUAAUCUAAAAUAUCGAGUUUUUAAUCCAGUAUAUUGAGGGUUUAGUCUACGAAUGCCAACAGUUCAAUAGAAACUGGAAGCUUAGAAAACAAUAUUUUGUUGUGAACUAAGUGCCCCUGGCAUUCAAUCCUUUCAUCCGCUACUCUCAAGGCAACAUUUUCCGCAUUUUCUUUGUCACGUCAUCCGGCAUUUCCUUAGCGUCACCACAUACACCCCCGCCGCCAAGAUGCCCCCCAACAGCAGCAAACCGGACUCGCCCUUCAAACAGGACGAGGUCCAGAAAAACAGGAGUGACAACAUCGAGGUGACCUCGACCGACAAACAGGGGGAAUGCCAACAAGGAAACCUUCCCGAGGACGACUUUCCCGCUGCGGUUGACUAUGAUGACCACCACCCCGAGCUAGAGUUCUCCUUCAAACAGAUGUACUACGACACCUUGAACUUGGACUGGUCCAAAGUACUCUGGGAUAUGGUGUUCUGCAUUGUGGCUUUCCACGCCUUCACCUUCUAUGGCGUGUACCUAGCAGUUACUCUGCAGCCACGUUGGCAAAGUUGGGUGCUGGUGCCUAUUUUAUCCUACGCGGGGGGUUUGGGCAUCACCAUGGGAACCCACAGGCUAUGGACUCACAAGGCCUUCAAGGCAGUCCUUCCUGUGAGGAUCGCCCUCAUGCUCAUGAACUCUCUGGCCUUCCAGGAGAGCAUCUACCUGUGGUGUCAGAACCACAGAGUGCACCACAAGUGGUCCGAUACAGACAGGGACUUCACCAACUCCCGCAGAGGGUUCUUCUUCGCCCACAUGGGCUGGAAGAUGUACCAAACUCACCCCGAGGUAAUCAAGGGUAGAAAGAUGAUCGACUGCAGCGAUCUGCUGGAAGACCCCGUGGUGAAAUUCCAAAACGACUACUACUACUACAUCGCCAUGACUGUCAGCUUCAUCCUGCCAACCCUCGUCCCCUACUACUUCUGGGACGAAGGACUCUUCACCGCCUUCUGUACCUGCGGCUGUCUACGUCUGGCCAUCACCUUGCACAGCACCUGGUGCAUCAAUUCCGUCGCCCACCUCUACGGCUACAAGCCCUACGACAAGUCCAUGCACGCCUUCGAGAACCCUUUCCUGGGGCCUUUCGCCCUUGGGGAGGGAUGGCACAACUACCAUCACGCCUUCCCCAGGGACUACCGUUGCAGCGAGAUGGACGGGUGGGGCAUCAACUUCACCACGAAGGUAAUCCAGUUCCUCAGCAAGUACGGGCUGGUGUACGACCUGGUCACGGUCGACGACGAACAUGUCGAGCGCAGGAUUGCCAGGACUGGGAAUGCUGCAAUCCGGAUUAAGAGGAAGGAGAAUAAAACAAAAUGAUUGUGGCUUAAAAGAUAACGGCGGCUAUGUUUUUUUCAGGUUAAGGUCUUAUUUUUGUUUUUGGCAUACCAGUGAUGCAAACGGAUACUCAGCUAAUGUACGUAGCAUCUUAAAUCCUUCAAAAUUGUGGACAACUUAAUUAAUCAUGACAAAUGUUUCCAUCAGUGCUUCUUUUGUGAUCGAUUCGUUUAACUUUACGUGCAAUGUAUUGGUAAAUUAAAAAUAGCUUUACUCAUAAUUACUGUUUAUUUGAAAAAGUCAUUUUUCUAUAUUAACGUGUUAUUGUUUUUCAAACUGUUUUCUUUAUGUAUUAGUGUGAUGUCCAUUUACUAGUUGUAAAUUUAUAAUUGUAUUUGUAAACUCGUAUAUUUUCAUGGCUACAUUGGUUAUCACCACUGGCUGGGUAGUGGGUGAGUUAUUUUUUGUCCGUCCAACUGAUUUAUAAGCGGCGGUUCUUAUAAGCGGAGGGGCUUGUAAGCGGCGGUUCUUAUAAGCGGAGGGGCUUGUAAGCGGCGGUUCUUAUAUAAGCUGCGGUUCUAUAAGCUGUCGUUCUUAUAAGCGGAAAGGUUUUAUAAGCGGAUUUCUUUUUAAGUGGAGAGGCUAAUUAAGUGCGUUAUUUGUACGUUUUGGUUCCUUAUAAGCGGAGUGAGCUGCAUGCGUUAUAUAAGCUAUAUAUCUGCAGGAUAUACUGCUACCGUUACGUGAAUUUAAACUCAGUAUAAUACAAGGUAUAAUGAAAGGUAUAAAAUAUAACUUAUAUUUAAACGGGGAUAUAUGUACCCGAACGAGCUUAUAUAUAAGGGGAUGUUGUGUGCCAUAAGCCAUAAUUUCUGUAUCUAAACAAAUAUAUGGGAUGAUCAGUAGUAUAUAUGUAGUAGUAUACAUAUAUAAAUAAAUAAAUGGGAUGAUAUGUACAGUAUAUGUAUGUUGACCGUAGCGUUGUCGUAUGGUGACAACUUAGUAAUCUGUGCAGAAAUUAGUGAUGUACGUAGAAAAAUUUGUGAUGUAUGUUGAUAUAUUGGUGAAGUACGUUGAUAUACUAGAGAUGAACGUAGAAAAUUAGUGAUGUAUGUUGAUUUAUUAGUGAUGAACGUAGAAAAAUUAGUGAUGCAUGUAUAAAAAUAAGUGAUGUGUGCAAAAAUUAGUGAUGCAUGUAUAAAAAUUAGUGAUGUACGUAGAAAAGUUAGAGGUGUACGUAGAAAGUUAGUGAUACGAACU